GGAAAUGCGGCCGUGGGUGGCAGUGUCCGCGGCAUGGAAGCUGGAGUCACACGUUUCAGUUGCGAGACCUUGGUCAGGACGCUUAACCUCUCUGAGUCUGUUUCUCCACCUGGAAAAUGGGGGGUGUGCAGUGGCCGGCAUGGACCAAUCUGUGGCUAUCCAGGAGACCCUGGCUGAUGGGGAGUAUUGCGUGAUCGCGGUGCAAGGUGUGCUGUGCGAGGGCGACAGCAGGCAGAGCCGCCUCCUGGGACUCGUGCGCUACCGUCCGGAGCGUGGUGGCCAGGAACACGCUCUCUUCCUGUAUACACACCGGAGGAUGGCCAUCACCGGGGACGAUGUCUCCUUGGACCAGAUCGUGCCAGUCUCUCGGGAUUUCACACUGGAAGAAGUGUCCCCAGAUGGUGAGCUCUACAUUCUUGGCUCAGAUGUCACCGUCCAGCUGGACACAGCAGAGCUCAGCCUCCUAUUCCAGCUCCCCUUUGGUUCACACACCAGAACGUUCCUCCAGGAAGUCGCCAGGGCCUGUCCAGGCUUCGACCCAGCGACCCCAGAUCCUGAGUUCCGGUGGCUGUCUCGAUACAGGUGCCCUGAGCCCGAGCCCGAGCCGCCCACGCCGCAAAGCUGGAAUUCGGCCCCAGGCACCUGGCCGGGGCGUGCCAGAAUUGGCGGAGGUGGUUCUUCCUCUGACAAGCUGAGACCAAAUGGGAAGGGCCUGCCUGUGGACCAAAGCUCCUGGGGUCAGAAUAAACCAGAAAACUCGCUCUCAAGACAGAACAAGUCCAAAUCUGAAAUAACCAACAUGGUUCGCUCCUCCACUAUCACAGUAUCAGACAAGGCUCACAUUUUAUCCAUGCAGAAGUUUGGACUGAGAGAUACAAUUGUGAAAUCACAUCUAAUACAGAAAGAAGAGGAUUAUACCUACAUCCAGAACUUCAGAUUUUUUGUAGGAACGUACAAUGUGAACGGACAGUCCCCCAAGGAGUGCCUCCGGCCCUGGCUCAGCCACGAUACCCAGGCCCCAGAUGUGUACUGUGUGGGGUUCCAGGAGCUUGAUCUGAGUAAGGAAGCCUUUUUCUUCCAUGAUACCCCAAAGGAAGAAGAGUGGUUUAAAGCUGUAUCAGAGGCUCUUCAUCCAGAUGCCAAAUAUGCAAAGGUGAAGCUCAUCCGACUGGUUGGGAUUAUGCUGCUGCUAUAUGUCAAACAGGAGCAUGCCGCGUACAUCUCAGAAGUGGAAGCUGAGACAGUGGGGACAGGAAUCAUGGGGAGAAUGGGUAACAAAGGGGGCGUGGCCAUCCGGUUCCAGUUUCACAACACCAGCAUCUGCGUGGUCAAUUCCCACCUGGCAGCCCACACGGAGGAGUACGAGAGGAGGAACCAGGACUACAAAGACAUUUGUUCUCGAAUGCAGUUCUGUCAGGUCGACCCAAACCUGCCCCCUCUCACCAUCAGCAAGCACGAUGUGAUCUUGUGGCUGGGGGACCUCAACUACAGGAUAGAAGAUCCGGAUGUGGAAAAAGUGAAAAAACUCAUCGAAGAGAAGGCCUUUCAAACGCUGUAUGCGUAUGACCAGCUGAGAGCUCAGGUGGCUGCUAAGGCUGUCUUCGAGGGCUUCAGCGAGGGUGAGCUCACGUUCCAGCCUACCUAUAAGUAUGAUACUGGCUCCGAUGACUGGGAUACCAGCGAGAAGUGUCGUGCUCCCGCCUGGUGUGACCGGGUCCUCUGGAAAGGGAAGAACAUCACUCAGCUGAGCUACCAGAGCCACAUGGCCCUGAAGACCAGUGACCACAAGCCUGUCAGCUCAGUGUUUGACAUUGGGGUGAGGGUCAUCAAUGAAGAGCUGUAUCGGAAAACUCUGGAGGAGAUUGUUCGUUCCCUGGAUAAGAUGGAAAAUGCCAAUAUCCCUUCCGUGUCCCUCUCCAAGCGAGAGUUCUGUUUCCAGAACGUGAAGUACAUGCACCUGCAGGUAGAGUCCUUCACCAUUCGGAAUGGACAGGUGCCGUGUCAGUUUGAGUUCAUCAGCAAGCCUAACGAAGAGUCCUACUGUAAGCAGUGGCUUCGAGCCAACCCCAGCCGAGGGUUCCUCCUGCCAGAUUCUGCCACUGAGAUUGAAUUAGAGCUAUUUGUAAAUAAGACCACCGCUACAAAGCUCAACUCGGGUGAAGACAAAAUCGAGGACAUUCUGGUUUUGCACUUGGAAAGGGGAAAGGAUUACUUCUUAUCUGUGUCUGGGAACUACAUGCCAAGCUGCUUCGGAUCGCCCAUUCACACGUUGUGCUACAUGAAGGAGCCAAUUUUGGACUUGCCACUAGAAACCAUUAGAGAGCUGACUCUGAUGCAACUCCAGACUGAAGAUAAUGGAAGCCAAUUGGAGAAACCCAUGGACAUCCCCAAGGAGCUCUGGAUAUUGGUUGAUUACCUGUACCGAAAUGCUAUCCAGCAGGAAGAUCUGUUUCAGCAGCCAGGCCUGAGGUCGGAAUUUGAUCAUAUCAGGGACUGUUUAGAUACUGGGAUGAUUGAUAACCUCUCUGCUAGCAAUCAUUCUGUGGCCGAAGCCCUGCUGCUCUUCUUGGAGAGCCUGCCAGAGCCUGUCAUCUGUUACAGCGCCUACCGCAACUGCUUGGAGUGUUCCGGCAACCUCACAGCAAGUAAACAGGUCAUUACUACCCUUCCUGCGUGCCACAGAAAUGUCUUCACCUAUUUGAUGGCGUUUUUGCAAGAAUUGCUGAAAAAUUCAGCAAAAAAUCAUUUGGAUGAUAAUAUUCUAGCCAGCAUAUUUGGUAGCCUGCUGCUUCGAAACCCAGCUGGUCACCAAAAGCUUGAAAUGGCAGAAAAGAAGAAGGCUCAAGAAUUUGUUCACCAGUUCCUCACUCAGCCGGAGCCUCUCUCUCUCCUCUCCUAUUCUGCCUGAGACAGCCAGUUACCAUUCCCACCUGUUUCAGCUCCAGAGCUGCCCUAAGAGGAUAUGAGCCCACAGGGAAGCCUGAGUGGCAGCUGCCUGUUUCUUGAGCCCAGACCGCCCUGUCCACCAUGACCAUCACACUCAGUCCUGCUGCCAGUUGUGAAGACAUUGAGGGGAAAUCCACCACAGUAAAACUGACAUGCAGCGUUCAACUUUAGUUUUUUAACUUUUUUUUUUUUUUUUUUUAACGUUUAAACAGCCAUACUCCUUGUGCUCAACCUGCUUCCAAGGCAUACAGUGCCUUCCCUGUAGCUUGGGCCGAGCUCCCCACAAUCAGAUAUUUGAACAAACUCUGGAGUCCUGAAGGAUGAAUGAGGAUGCAAAUACAAAGAAUUAAAUGGAAGCUGCUGGAUAAACAGGCCACACAGCCUCUCCAGGUGCUUUCAGCGCUCUGUCCAAGGACAUGUGUGUACCCAUAUGCAAACCGUGCCCCGCUUCCCACUCAUAAAUAUGGCUCAACAACUCUGGAACUGGCCACUUAGCCUCCAAGGGCAAUACAGUGGCUUGAAAAUGAAAAUGCUGAAGAAACUGGUGUUCUGGUGAAACAAGUGGAGUUUACCAGGCCAACAAAUCCUCCCAACUGUAUAUAAUGCAUUCCCUCUGUGUGUAAUAUAUUUUAAUGAUAAAUGUAUUUUUAACAGUG